AAGAUGCGCGGCCAAGCUCCUGAAGUCUGAAAGUGAGAAAAACAGAUUCGUAUUCCCGCCGCUUCAAGCGAUAAACGAAUUCGAAACUUUGAAAAGAUAAAAAAGAAAAUCCUCCUUUCCAGCCCGCCGCCCUCUCUCCGCCGCAUCUUUCACCCCUUUCUUCAUUUCCACCUGCAAACUUUUAUCAUUCAAUCUCACUAUAUACUCACACAGAAGCGUAAUUUCAAUUCAGAGGAUAAGGAAUCCAUCCCGAGAUGGCCUUAAGGGAAUCUGGGCCGGCUUAUUCCCGCAAACAGAAAUCUCUCGGUCUACUCUGUUCCAAUUUUUUGAGCUUAUACAACCGAGAGGGUGUUGAAACCAUUGGGCUGGAUGAUGCGGCAAAGCAGCUAGGGGUUGAGAGAAGGCGGAUAUAUGAUAUUGUGAAUGUUUUGGAAAGUGUUGGUGUUCUUGCGAGAAAGGCUAAGAAUAGAUAUACGUGGAAAGGAUUUGUUGUUGUCCCAAAAGCUCUCCAGGAGCUGAAGGAAGAUGGCCUAAGAGAGAGUUUUUUUGCAGUUGAUAGAAAUUCCACACCUCAAGUUACAGACAAUGAAGAUGAUGUUAUGCAUCAACCUAAACACUGUGCUUCAAGUCAGGGUGAAAUUUCUUGCUAUCAGGUUACAGACAAUGAAGAUGAUGUUGUGCAUCAAUCUAAACACUGUGCUACAAGUCAGGGUGAAAAAUCAGAACUCACAUUGACUGCCAGGCUUGAUAAUAGAAAGGAGAAAUCUUUGGGGCUUCUCACAAAGAAUUUCAUCAAACUUUUUCUCUGCACUGAUAUGGAAACAAUUUGUCUGGAGGAGGCUGCAAAGUUAUUGCUGGGGGAUGGAAGGUCUCCAUCAAUGACAAAAAACAAAGUUAGAAGACUGUAUGAUAUUGCAAACGUUCUUUCCGCAAUGAAAUUCAUUGAGAAGACUCAACACCGGGAAACAAGAAAGCCUGCUUUUAGAUGGCUGGGGUUGAAAGGCGAACCAGAAAAUGUAUCAGCUCACAUGUCAGACCAUGAUUUGGGUUUUGAUCAUCAUCACUCCAGUAAAAGGGUGUUUGGCGCUGAUAUCACAAAUAUUCCUCCCACUAAGAGAAGCAAAUUGUUUCUUCUUCCCUCGAUGGAUAGUGGUGGUAGUGAAGUAACAGAGACAAAGCUGCUAUCCCAAAUCAAAAGUGAGAAUGUGGACUGUGUGGCCAAUUUGGAUACUGGUUCAAGAACAAGUGCUUAUAAGAGCUAUCACUUUGGUCCUUUUUCUCCUACUGCAACUAUGCUCAAAGUUGAAGAUCAGGAAAGUAGUCAAAGAUCCAAAAUAAUUAGCGCCUGUGAAAGUUUAGGAUCGACUUAUCGCCCAGAAUAUCAAAACCAAGCUGUAAGAGAUCUGUUUUCUCAUUACAUGGAAGCAUGGAGCUCUUGGUAUUCUGAAGUUGCUAGGAAGAAUCCUAUUAAUGUGCUAUCUUAGUUACAUGCUAUGACGCUAAGUGCUGACAUACCUUGUUGUUUUGGGUGGAGCGGAAGAGACAAUACAAGCCCCCGUACAAAUGAUGAUGGCCUGAUCGGUAUUGAAUGCAUAUUGUCAUUGUAUCAAUUUGUUGAGCCCCCUUUACAGAUAGAAGAUUGUUUUAGAAUAAUUACUAUGUCGAGCCCAAUAGACAAAUUUUUGUUCGGAAAUGUUUAUCUUUUAUAUUAAUGAUAAAAACAAAAACUCACCCUUACCC